CCUCGCCUCGCCCUUCGCAAUUCGCAUUCGCAUUCGCAUUCGCACUCGCGCAAUAGAGCGAAAACCGCUCUCCGCGUAACCGAAUAUUCCGAUCGAGAUUCGAACCCUCGCCCCAUGGAUCCGCCCGUCGAUCAGCCCCGGAAGGCCAAAUCCGACGGCCCACAUUCGCCCGACGGCGCCCCGUUACCCUCUCCGGCCCCUACUCCCUUAGAGGCCUCCGAAAACGUCCCAAAGCCCCGGUCGCCGCCGUCCGAUCUCCCACCGACGGCGGAUAAGGCCGCCACGUGGGGCCCUCCCGUCACCGCCAUGCCGAUGGAGUCGAAUCCCUACGUCGCCCCCUCCCCCGUCCACUCCUCGUCCAAGAAGCAUACGAUGGAUACGGUGAAGAAUGUGUUAGCUCGAUGGGGGAAGAAGAUUGGGGAUGCGGCAAAGAAGACCGAGGAUUUGUCGAAAAACACGUGGCAGCAUUUGAGGACGGGACCCAGUUUUGCCGAUGCCGCCAUGGGGAGAAUAGCCCAAGGAACAAAAGUUCUAGCAGAAGGCGGUUAUGAAAAGAUCUUUCGGCAGACGUUUGACGCGCAACCUGAGGAGCAGCUUAGAAAGUCUUACGCAUGCUACCUAUCGACAUCCGCCGGCCCCGUGAUGGGGGUUUUAUACCUCUCCACGGCUAAACUCGCCUUCUGUAGCGACAAUCCUCUUUCGUACAAAGCUGGGGAUCAAACCGAGUGGAGCUAUUAUAAGGUGGUUAUCCCUUUACGUCAGCUAAGGGCAGCUAAUCCUACGGGUAGUAAAGUGAAUUCCGCGGAGAAGUUCAUUCAGAUCGUCUCGGUGGACAACCAUGAGUUUUGGUUUAUGGGUUUUCUGAACUACGAUAGCGCCGUAAAGAACCUUCAAGAAGCUUUGAUUGCCACGCAGAAUGAGCAGCCUUAGAGAUUGAUGGCUUUGGGGUGAUCUUCAGGGUGAUUUCCGCAGGUCGCCGAAGAAUUCCUAUUAUAUAUAUAUAUAUAUAAUACCAUGCUACAUUGAAUUUAGCUGGAGAACUUCCAUCUGUUAUAACCAUUGAUUGUUUCACUUAGUAGAUUUGUGCCACAUUUGUGGUAUGAUAUUCUUUUACCAUACAAAUAGUUACUUCUCAUUGCUUUGUACUGGUUAAAAUAGUAGUUCUCAAUUGUAAUGCCUAUAUAAUUUAGUCCGUAAAUAUUCAAACAAAAGUGUGUUGUCCCGUUUGCCCAUUA